AUGGAGACACUAUCUGAGGAGCAAGCGAAGCUUGAGCAAAGGGGAAGCCUGGACAAGACCAUAGGCGAUGUGCAGGCGACGAUCGACCUUUUGGUGAACGCGAGGUACGCCAUAAUAACCAACCCAGACUCCGCCGGCAAAGCCCUAGCAACCCUCCAAACUCCCGUCAAGAAGUCCUUCGACAGGGUCAAAGCCGACCUUUCGGAAAUACACACCGCACUCAGCGAGUAUGGCAAAGCGCUCCCCAAGGCAUCGAAAGACAAACCCUUUCCCACCGCCGAGAACGAUGCGCUCUCCUCCCACCCAUCCCUCGUCAACCGCGCCAUAGCGAUGCAUCUGCUGCGAGAAGGCCAGUUCGGGGUGGCAAGCACCUUUAUCGCAGAAGCGAACAGCCACCCUCCCCACACGGCAGCCAUCCCGGAUACCUCAUCCGGCUUGUCAGACGGAAUUAGAUGGGAGCAGGAUUUCGCAGAUGGCACAUUCAAGUCUGAGAGCCUGCAGAGACAGUUCGGGGAGAUGUACCACAUCCUUUCUUCGCUCCGCCAGCACCAUGACCUUGGCCCCGCCAUCGUAUGGGCGCGGUGGCACAGCGCGAUACUGGAGGCAAGAGGAAGCAACUUGGAGUUUGAGCUCCACCGGCUGCAGUUCGUUUGCUUGUUUCUCGGCGUGGCGCCUCUCAACGGGCAGAGCAGCUUUUCAGGAGACGACAGCAACGGUCCACUAAAAGCAUGGCAGUACGCCAAGACGCACUUUGCGCCUUUUCAGGCUCGCUACGGCCGCGAGAUACAACAGCUUCUGGGCGCUCUUGCCUUCCACCAGAAUCUCUCCGAUUCGCCGUAUCGACGCACUUUCCACACUGACUCCGCGUGGGAGGACGUAGCCACGUCUUUCACGCGGGAGUUCUGCUCGCUGCUGGGUCUUUCUGCAGACUCGCCGCUCUAUAUCGCCGCCACGGCGGGCGCGAUAGCCCUACCUACCCUCGUAAAACUUCAAAACAUUAUGAAAGAGAAGCGAACGGAAUGGACUACUGUUCAUGAACUCCCAGUACCUACACCUCUACCUCCCCACCUCAUCUUCCACUCCAUUUUCGUCUGUCCCGUCAGCAAAGAGCAAGCUACAGAUGCAAAUCCGCCCAUGAUGAUGCCCUGUGGCCAUGUCAUCGCCAAAGAGUCGCUGGAUCGGAUCAGCAAGGGCGCGCGGUUCAAAUGUCCGUACUGUCCGAGCGAGAGUAGACCGAGUGAGGCGAGGAAGGUGGUGUUAUAG